GCACAUUAACACGUGCCGAGCUUUAUUUUUAUCUCACCGAACAGUAUACACUUUUGUUUCUUCAGAGGAGGUUUCUACGUCUAAGACUAACAGCUGUUAGUGCUGCUGUAGAAAGUGUGUAUAGAAAAACUGAAGCAAUAUGAUGAACUCCACGACAGCAUCACACGUGGCCCACUUCAGCUGGGUGGACCACACCAUGUUCGCCCUGAUGCUGGUGGUGUCCACAGUGGUGGGGGUGUUGAUAGGCGUGUGCGGCAAGCAGGACACCAAGGUAGACUACCUGCUGGGAGGGAAGAAGAUGAGCGUCAUACCCAUAGCUGUGUCGCUGAUAUUCAGCCACAUUUCAGGCAUUACAAUCGUCGCUGUACCUGCAGAGUUCUACACUUACGGAGCUGCUCACUUCAACCAGUAUUUAGCAAGUAUAGUAACCUGUGUCAUCAACUACUACAUUUUUUUGCCGAUAUUUUUUGAACUUCAGCUUACUUCAACCUACGAGUAUUUAGAACAGCGAUUUGAUAAGCGAGUGCGCGCUAUGGCCUCAUUCAUUUUUGCACUAAAUGUGAUUCUUUACCUGCCUAUCGUGAUAUACGUACCUGCUCUGGCUUUUAAUCAAGUAAGUGGCAUUGGAGUUCAUUUCAUCACAUCCGUUGUCUGUGGAGUCUGCAUGAUAUAUACAAUGCUUGGUGGCAUGAAGGCAGUUGUGUGGACAGAUUUUCUACAGUCAUUUGUCACCGUUGGAUCAUGCAUAGCAAUCAUCAUUUUAGGACUGGUCAAGGUAGGCGGUUUCAAUAUUAUGUGGGACAGAAGCCGAAUAGGAGGAAGACUUAACUUUUUCGAUUUGAACCUGGAUCCAUUUGCAAGAAAUACGUUUUGGACGUGUGCUUUAGGCAAUAUAUUCUCCUGGAUGAGCGGACUGUGUGUGAACCAAGGAAUGGUACAGAAGUUCAUAGCACUGCCCACUUUGAAGGAAGCCAGAAUGUCACUAAUGAUUUUCAACGCUGGAUUUUUCAUUGUGAAGUCAUCAUCACUUUUCAUCGGUCUGCUGAUUUAUUCAAGCUACUACGAAUGUGAUCCUAUAACAUCAAAGCAAGUGAAUAAAGCCGAUCAAAUUCUUCCCUUCUUCACGAUGGACACAGCUUCUCACUUGCCAGGACUCCCGGGAUUGUUCAUUGCCGGAAUUUUCAGUGCUUCACUCAGCACACUUUCAAGCAAUUUCAACUGUUUAUCCGCAACUAUAAGUGAAGACUUCGUUUAUCCAUGGAUAAAAGGCAAAGUAUUUGAGAACCGGAUAUUUCAUUUCGUGAUGAAGAUUACAGUAAUCGUUGCAGGGCUUUCUUGCAUCCUGUUGGUAAUUGUCAUUGAAAAAAUGGGAGGAAUUAUAAAGGUUUCAUCAAGCACAUCAGGUGUAACAUCAGGAGCCCUCUUGGGCAUGUUCGUGCUUGGAAUGUUUUUUCCGUGGGCAAACAACAAGGGUUGUUUAGCUGGAAGUGCAGCUAGUCUUUUGUUCAUGGCAUGGAUCAUCAUCGGUGCCCAGCUCUACAAGACUAUGGGCGUAGAAAGAUUCCCACAUCUACCCAUGUCCACUGAGGGAUGUGAGGAGGUUUUCAACAUCACCGUGCUAGAGGCACCAGUGCCCACCGCGCUGCCCGCAGGGAUGGGUGAGGACGCCUUCGCGCUGUACAGGAUCUCCUUCCACUACUACUGCCUGGUGGGCACCGCGGUGACCGUGGUGGUCGGCCUGGCCGUGAGCUGGUGCUCGGGGCUGCAGUGCGCGCGCACCGUGGACUCCCGCCUGCUGGUCUCGUUCAUGAAGCAGCGCGGACACGCGCGGCCGCGGGGAGCCCUGCAUCCCUCGGAGACGGAAAUGCUUGCACCGAUGGCGAGAAACAAUUACAACAAAUAAUACAACUACAUCUGAGGAAUAUUCAUCGGGUUUGAAAUCUUUUGGACGCAUUUUAUUUGGUAAUUUGCCCUACUGCUCAAUGAAAAAUGUUUAUAAAAUAACGAUCUAUUUGUAUAAUAUUUUAUUAAUCCCAAAUAUAUUCACAAAUUUAUAAAGAAUAAAAACUGUGACCAACAAAACAACAAA